AUGUCCGACUUCUUCAAAUCGUCGUCAUCGUCUAGUUCUCCGUCAGACAUGACUGCAAAAAAAGAAGCCGUGAUGAAUGGUGUGCGCUCCGAGAUUGCCCUUGCUAGCGCGCAGGAGCUUAUAAACAAAACGAACGAGAAAUGCUUCGCUAAGUGCAUAGCGAAACCUGGGACCUCCUUGUCUAGCUCAGAGGAGACAUGUUUGUCUCGAUGCCUCGAACGUUACCUGGAAACAUUCAACAUAAUUAGCAAAACCUACAGUGCCCGCUUGAGCAGAGAACGCGAGCAGCGGCAACUUAAUCAGAUAUAG